AUGAGCCUCUACCGAUGCGCGUCGACGUGUCGUCUGAGGCUCCACGCUGGUCUUACCCGCUUAGCUGACCAGUCCUCCUGCUCCUCUGCAGCAUGCUCAAUACCACCGAGGCUCGGCUAUGUACGACGGCCAUACUCGAGCCAACAUGAAGGCGAUCCCAGGUUGGAGGAUCUGGAUACUGAGAUCCAUGACAAGUAUGCUCUUAUCAGGGAACAUUAUGCUACCCCUAAACACCCAAUCGUCCUAGCCCACGGCUUGUUGGGCUUUGCAGAGCUCAGCCUGGCUGGCAGUUGGCUGCCACCUAUACACUAUUGGCGCGGCAUCACCGAAGCCCUCAGGGCGAAUGGCAUCGAGGUCAUCACCGCAACUGUGCCCCCGUCUGGUAGUAUCGAGCAGCGGGCCGCGAAGCUUGGCGAGUAUAUUGCCGAGGUUGCCCAGGGAAAGGACGUCAACAUCAUUGCUCACUCUAUGGGCGGGCUCGACGCGCGAUACAUGAUCUCCCAGCUCCAGCCCAAUAAUGUCAAAGUGUGUUCUCUGACUACGGUGGCAUCGCCGCACUGGGGGAGCGCGUUUGCCGACUUUCUGCUCGAUGAGAUUGGCCCCGAGCGCCUGCCCCAUUUUUACAAAUUCAUCGAAGGUGUCGGCAUGGAUACAGGUGCCUUCCAGCAGCUGACCCAAAAAUACAUGACCAACACGUUCAACGCGAAGACGCCAGAUGACCCUUCCGUCCGCUACUUUUCAUAUGGAGCGAGGAUGGACGUCCCACCCCUCUUUAGCCCCUUUCGUCUGUCACACAGGAUCAUGACCCAGAACGAAGGACCGAACGACGGGCUUGUCAGUGUAGCAAGUUCGAAGUGGGGAAACUAUAAAGGCACCCUGGUUGGCGUAAGCCAUCUCGACUUGAUAAACUGGACGAACCGUUUUAGAUUCACAAUGCGGAAGUUGAUGGGCCAAGGACCGACCUUCAACGCCAUCGCAUUCUAUCUUGAUAUCGCUGAUAUGCUGGCCAAGGAAGAUCUUUAG